UUAUUACAAUUUAUCGAUAUGCAGUGUGAGCUAACGUUAAGGUGCUGCCAGUGUUUGGAAGGACAGAACUUAACAACGACAAAGAAAUUAUAGCUCCAGCGUUUAUUGUGCGUUAUGGGUGGUCCAGAAUUGCCUACAGAUCCUGUUGAGGAUCACCUACACACACCAACUAUAGAACAUCCACAAAUUGUGCAAGAAAGUGAUGGGGAUGAGAGCGAUAAUUCAGAAGUCUACGACGGCUACCAACCGCUGGCAAUGGACGAGGACGGUGGUGCAAUUGCCCAGCAGGAGCCAGAGUCCUCUGCUGAGAAUAUUGAUUUGACCACAGCGCCCGUGAGUUAUGGUGACCCGAACAUUCCGCCUAUUGAGAGCGCUGACGCUGAAAUCGAAAGACAAGUGUGGAAUGAACCACGGCCUCAAGAGUUGCAAAUUGAACUGGACAAGACGCGGACGGAACAGAUUCUAAGCGCGAUGUCAAAGAUUACGCUGCCGAAUGUGACGGUGCCAGAUUGGGCUGUGGGCGUGCCUGAGGAGCGCUGGAAGCACGAGCUAUUAGAGCGGAUACAAAAUCGGAGGCAGACGGGCGACAACAACAAUAUCUGAGAAAGCAUCUGGGACGCAGCAGGUUUAAUCCCAAGUGCAUAUAUGUAAAUAUCCAUAAAUUAAGUAGCGAUUAAGAGUAUGUGUGUAUGCAUAUUUAAUCAAGUUAUCAUAAUGCAGUCCAAUAUACAAUUUAGGAUGAGA